AUGAAGGGCAACAGUAACGAACAGUCCUCAGUCGAGAAUCUCAUGGCAAAGUACUGUGACUAUUCUGAUCAAGGAAACAAUCAAAAGGCAAAGGAGAUUUUGGAAAGAGUGUUGGAACUACAAACGAAAGAAUUCGAUUCAGAUGAUUUGUCUGUGGCCGAGACUCUACAUCGUAUUGGUGAUGUGCUAGAGAGGGAAGAAAAGUUCGAUGAAGCCUUGGAGAAAUACAACAGAACCCUUGCGAUACGGUUGAAGAGACUGGGAGAGAAGCAUGCGGAUACAGCAGAUACAUACGAAACCAUAGGCAAUUUAUUUCUGUUACAUGGUAAUAACAGCGAAAAAGCCGAAGCGAUGUUGCGAAAAGCUCUGGAUAUUAAUCUUGAAAUUCAGCCCGAAAAUAUUUCUGAGUUGACUGAUCUGUACCAAAUGCUAGCUCUAUCAUUGCAGAAGCAGCUCAAGUUCUCAGAAGCGACCAAGGUACAAAAACAAAUACUUUCGAAACUACUACAAAUUCAUGGGGAAGACCACCCCAGUGUUGUGCUUGCAUAUCAAGGUAUUUACGGGCUGUUGCUACACCAAGACCGGUUCGAUGAUGCUCUUCAGAUGAUUGAUGAAGGCAUCAAAAUUUGCUCGCGUCUCCAAGGACCAAGCGGUUUUGACAACAAUACCGGUAUAUUGAUGGCAUUGCUCUACAACAAAGCAAAAUGCCUGGAAGCACUAGGGAACUUUGAAGGUGAAACGGAGGUGUCCACCAAAUUGGUAAUGCUAUCAAAGGAAAGGCUAGGUGAAAUGCACCCCUUAACAGCAGAUGCCUAUGAACAUCUUGCAGAAACAUAUGUGCGACAAGACUUGACGAGCGCUGCCAUGAAUCAAUAUGCGAGCGCCAUCCGUAUUCGGCGAAGGGUGCUUGGCGAUGUCCAUCCUAGCACAAGGAAGCUUGUGGCUACCCAUGAACUGUUGAAACGUGAUAAAAUUGCGAAUGAAGCCACAUUGCAGGGACUGAAAAUGAAAGCGCAAGGCGAUUUUAAAGAAGCGAUGCAACUCUUCCACAAGGCGAUGAGUACGUACGCCCAGAUCUAUAUUGUUCCUGAUCUCAGUUCGGCAGUAGUCUCCCACUGUGUUUCGGCGGUCAACAUUCAUGUGGCGGCAGUCCACGAGAAUAUUUCGGAUGUCUUUGUUGAACUGGGUUUGCUUGAACAUGGCGUUGCGGCGAGUGCAGAAGCCCUCAAGAUUCGACGAAGGACAUUUGGGGACGAUGAUGCUAGCACGAAGCGACACAUGGAAACGCAUAGAUCUUUGCUGAAACUUUUUUUGGAGCAUCGAAGCUAA